UAAUACGCAUUUUGAAGAUGUUUGCUUCGGUAACGUUUUGCUUGAUAGUGGUGUUGCUUUUUUCAGCAGCCGAAGCUGAAAAUGAGAUAUUGAACAGAAUCACAAAUUUAGAAAAAGAAUGCAAAGCUGAAAUAAGUAAGUUAAAUUCGAAUGUCCGCGAUUUGCAAUCGGAAGUCGAAGAGUUGAAAGCAGAAAAUAAAUGGGGAAAAGAGCAACUACAGGACUUGAUGGCCGCCACGUUUACAACAGAAGGUAAACUCCGCCCACGUCGACAAGGACAAGAUGAUUUGGUUGCCUUCUUCGCCACGAUCCGAACAGCACAGCCCUAUCUUGGUCAAGGUCAAACCAUCGUAUUUGACAACGUGAUAACAAAUCUUGGUGGCGGAUACCAUCAAACCGGUUUGUUUACUGCACCGUAUGACGGGGUGUACGUCUUUUCUGUGACGCUUGUCACAGCUUUUGAUCAAUCCAGCCAUGCAAGCUUCUUCAAGAACAGCGAGCAAAUCACCGUUAUGUAUUUCCAUGGCAACGCUAUUCACGAUUAUGACACAUCGACCCAGACAAUUGUCCUUGACCUCUACAGAGGAGACAUAGUCUCGAUCAGGCAAACUGAGAGUGCCAAAAGCUAUCACUCCAAUGACCACUGUCUGUAUUCAGGCUUUCUUCUGAAACAGAAGCUUUCAACUGGAACCGUUGGAUGAACUUGUCUGUCAAUUUGCAAAUACAAGUUUACGUAUUUU